CCUAGUCGUUAUCGUUCUUGUUCACCUGAAGCACCCCUAUCGUGUAUCUUUGCGAGACCCCAUUAUAUCGCGAGAAGUCGUUCGAGGAAGAGCCCUUCGCCAGGUAGGCCGUUGUCUCGAGGAAGAGGAGACCCGGGUCGGUUAGACCGUCGCGUGCUCGUGAACGACACAGAGUCAAGAAGACUCCUUGAUCCUUCCCUAACCACCAUCGUUAAGUAUCGACGACUACGGUUGGACCCAACGCGUAACACAUCGCUGUGUUGGACAGCGCUGAUUCCUGUUGGCUCAUAA